AUGGCGACCAAAGCUGGGCGAAUAUGUUUGGAAGCGAAACUAACCGCUAUCCAACAAAGCAAACGCAUUCAAUGCAAAGCUCGCGCCAAAGUUCAUCGGCCCACUAGAAGUACGUCGGCUUAUUUCGCCGGUAAUCGUCGAUCUCCGGAGCAAACGCGGGAAAUGACGAAAACAAUAACGAGGAGGACGACGAGCAAAACAACCCCACCACGAGCUAAGAAUCAAAAGCCGACGAAAGGAGAGCAACCAGAAAGAUCACGAGCUCAGAAGCCUUCGAGAUGGAUAUCGAGAGACAUCCUCGAAGCUAUUAACGAGAUCUUGGAAGAUCCCGAGCCGCCCUACGGCACAGGGGUGCUGGAAGUACCGCCGAUCUCCCGGCCGCCACCACCAAGACGGCCGCCGAAGGUCGGCACCGCCAUCCAGCGGUCCGACAGGACAAACCAGCGGAAGCUGGCCAUGUUGGCCACACCGCCGCCGGCGCUAACCGCCUGCCACCGUCGCCGUACAACACCAGCACCGAUGAGGUCGCCAGCCAAGCGACCAAGAUCGCCACCGGGCCAGGAUCCAGUACCAGAGGAGCGAACAACGGGGGAAACACCACCCGCCCCCCCCCAUGCCCGAAAUCCUGGUCCCGAUAGGGCCCGCGCCGGCACCUCCGAUCAUGGUGGAACUCGAGCCGGGACUAGUAGCGCCGAUCACGUAUUUAGCGGUACACGUGUCCCGGCGAUACAAAAUACGGAUACCGCAAGGACGAUGGACCUUACGGUUCAAUAG